AUGAGCGCAGCUUUUCUAGGAUUUUUCUUGCUGGAAACCACGCCUGCGGCCCGACAUUACUGCACGGGAGCGAUCGUCAACGGGAAGGCGACAUCUGGCUGCCCGGUGCGUGCGCGGGGGUGCAAGCAAACCGAUGGCACCUGGAAGGUGAUGGACGUGGUCCUCGAUCAUGUGGCGCGCACCGGCCAGGCCGGCAACAAAAAGCAGCGGAUAAACCGCCGAUGUGUGGAGGGGGAGGCAACGGGGCUUGUGAGCGCCAACCACAGGAUCACCUGUCCCUCGCUGGUGAAGACGCUGAAGGCAACCUCCGGCGUGGAUGUCAGCGAGAGGACAGCUAGCAGGAUGCGGGCGGACAUCCUCGGCAAGGGAAAGGACGCGAUCGCCAAGGAGUACCAACUCCUCCAGAGCUACGGCGACCUUCUCGGGAGGGACAACCGCAACAUCGUGGAGUGCAAGGUGAGUCGCAACUUCAACAGCCUCUUCGUGCUGCUCGGCGCGGCGGCGCGCCAAGCAACUGCCGGCGUUCAGCAGGCUUUCGCGAUGGAUGCCGCGGCCUUCAAGGACGUGUGGAACGGCCAGUUCGGGACCCUUUCCUUCAAGGAUUCGAACAACAAGAUCGUCCACGUCGCGACCAUGAUUCAAGCAAAGGAGAAUACAGCCAUGUACAUCAACCUCCUCACCAAGGCGAUGGAGUUCCCCGAGCUGCCGGACGUCUUGAACAACCCCAACGUGACGUGCUUCACCGACAAAUACAAGUGUUCGGACGCCGCCGUUCCCAACGUCUGCCCAAUUGCUGGGAUGCCUGCACGACAUGGUGCUACUGACCGCGAGGAGGCUGGACACCCCCGCCAAGACCAAGGUCAACGAUCACAACGCGAUCGUGACUCCGUUUGCGACGGAGACCCGGGAGCAGGAGUUCGUCCUGCGGCACUAUCGGGCGUCUUGGGUUCGGCAUGA